UAAAUCUGGCGGUCGCCCUGUUUUCGCUGUGCUGGAAACCCCGUGUAUUGACUGAAGGGACCCAAGAUGGCGGAAUACUCACGGGGGACACUUAGCAUUUAUCCGAGCAAGACGUCUGGAAUGAAUGGCGAAUAGCAAUAUAAUGUGAGGCACCAUCCUGCUGAGAGCCAAGAACGUCCUGGAGUGGGACAUCGGCUACAAUCACCUGCCAGGAUGACUGACACUCGUCGACGAGUUAAAGUCUACACCCUCAAUGAGGACAGACAGUGGGACGACCGUGGGACUGGCCAUGUCUCUUCAGGCUAUGUGGAACGGUUGAAAGGCACUUCUUUACUGGUGCGAGCUGAGAGCGAUGGUUCACUACUGUUGGAGUCAAAAAUCAACCCAAACACAGCCUACCAGAAACAACAGGAUACAUUGAUUGUAUGGUCAGAAGGUGAAAACUACGAUUUAGCACUCAGUUUCCAGGAAAAGGCUGGAUGUGAUGAAAUUUGGGAGAAAAUAUGCCAAGUGCAGGGAAAGGAUCCAUCAGUGGACAUUACUCAAGAUGUGGUGGACGAGUCUGAAGAGGAGCGCUUUGACGACAUGUCGUCACCGGGACUGGAGCUGCCACCCUGUGAACUAAAUCGCUUGGAGGACCUCGCCGAGCUGGUGGCCUCCUCCCUCCCGUCGCCGCUACGGCGCGAGAAACUUGCACUGGCCGUGGAGAAUGAAGGGUAUAUCCGCAAGCUUCUGGAACUCUUUCGUAUAUGUGAGGAUUUGGACAACAGAGAGGGACUGCACCACCUGUAUGAAAUAAUUAAAGGCAUCUUCCUGCUGAACCGCACUGCCCUCUUCGAGGUCAUGUUCUCCGACGAGUGCAUCAUGGACGUUAUCGGCUGUUUAGAGUUUGACCCGUCACUGCUGCAGCCACGGCGGCAUCGGGAGUUCCUGACUAAGACGGCCCGUUUUAAGGAGGUGAUUCCCAUUUCGGAUCCUGAACUGCGUCAGAAAAUACACCAGACAUAUCGAGUGCAGUAUAUUCAGGAUAUGGUGCUGCCUACUCCCUCUGUUUUUGAGGAAAACAUGCUGUCCACCCUGCACUCCUUCAUCUUCUUCAAUAAGGUGGAGAUUGUGGGCAUGCUUCAGGACGAUGAAAAAUUCCUGACGGACCUCUUUGCACAGCUAACAGACGAGUCCACAGACGACGACAAAAGACACGAACUGGUGAGCUUCCUAAAGGAGUUCUGCGCAUUCUCACAAACGUUACAACCUCAAAACAGAGACGCCUUCUUCAAGACAUUGUCAAACAUGGGCAUUUUACCUGCACUGGAGGUCAUCCUGGGCAUGGAUGAUGUUCAAGUUCGCGGGGCAGCCACAGAUAUCUUCUCUUAUCUGGUGGAGUAUAACCCCUCCAUGGUACGAGAGUUUGUCAUGCAGGAAUCUCAGCAAAACGAUGAUGACAUUCUAUUAAUCAACUUGAUCAUAGAGCACAUGAUCUGUGACACAGACCCAGAACUCGGGGGUGCAGUUCAGCUUAUGGGGUUGCUACGGACUCUGCUGGAUCCAGAGAACAUGCUGGCAACCGCUAAUAAAACUGAAAAGACAGAGUUCUUGAGUUUUUUCUACAAACAUUGUAUGCAUGUCCUUUCCGCUCCACUACUAGCCAACACCACAGAAGAAAAACCUAGUAAAGAUGAUUUUCAAACGUCGCAGUUAUUGGCGUUGAUUUUGGAGCUGUUAACUUUUUGUGUUGAGCACCACACGUAUCACAUAAAGAACUACAUCAUCAACAAAGAUAUUCUCAGGAGGGUACUAGUGCUCACCGCCUCCCAGCAUGCCUUCCUGGCACUUUGUGCCCUACGCUUCAUGCGAAGGAUCAUUGGUCUGAAGGACGAAUUCUACAAUCGUUACAUCAUGAGAAACUUUCUCUUUGAGCCGGUCGUCAAAGCGUUCCUGAAAAACGGCUCGCGCUACAACCUGAUGAACUCCGCCAUCAUUGAGAUGUUUGAAUACGUCCGCGUGGAGGAUGUGAAAUCUCUCACAGCUCAUAUAGUUGAAAACUACUGGAAGGCUUUAGAAGAUGUGGACUACGUCCAGACCUUCAAAGGCCUCAAGCUGCGGUAUGAGCAGCAGCGAGAGCGGCAGGACAACCCCAAGCUGGACAGCAUGCGUUCUAUCCUACGGAACCACCGCUUUCGGCGCGAUGCGCGAACACUAGAAGACGAAGAGGAGAUGUGGUUCAACACAGACGAGGACGACCUCGAAGACGGCGAGGCGGUGGUUCCACCGUCUGACAAGAUGAAGAGCGAGGAAGACCUCAUGGAACCAAUAAGCAAGUUCAUGGAGAGAAAGAAAUUGAAAGACUCAGACGAAAAGGAAGUUUUGGGAAAAUCAACUUUGACAGGAAGACAGAGUCCAAGCUUCAAGCUUUCCUUCUCUGGAUCCACUAAAACCAGUAUAUCCAGCCCUCCUUCGUCUGCCUCCUUGAACCCUGGAUCUCCAGGAUCACCAGGAUCUCCAGGUUCAGGCUCGCGGGGUUCACCCCCCACCACCACUGUAACCACAAAGCAAGGUUUAGUCGGGCUGGUGGACUAUCCUGUCGACGAUGAGGAGGAGGAGGAAGAGGAGGAGGAGGAGGACGGGGAGAGUAAGGAGGACACGGUGCCACCCACGAAGAAGUCCAAACUGAGCUCGUAAAGGUUCAGCGGUCCAGUUUGUGCACAGCUCAGACGGAAUAUUCACAGGAAUGAUCAAACUCGUAAACAGACUGAAUGAAUACACGUCGCCCGUCGUGGUCGGCGGGCGACCCCGACGAGGAGAGGACUGGUAACGGAUACGAAGCCUCCUCAGACUUCAUACAAGUGCCAAUCGGAAGAGCAGGAGUGGGAACGCCGUCUGGGAGGUGGAGCGAACCGAUCGACCGCUUAGAGGGACGAUCUCCCGGAAUAUUUCAAAACAACUGGAGGAAAAGACGCUAAUAACACACGUGUACACACUUGUACAAAACCCAUAGAGCCGACGCGCUCGGACCAUGAUCCACUGCCCCCUCCCCCCGCCCCUCCACUCAGGGAAGGACAUCACUUCGGCCCGAACGGGUCGGCCAAUUCAGACCCAGAACCACCAUGAUCUCCACCUCCAAAUCCACUUUCUCUCUGUUCCUUUCUUUUAUCCGUGCGCUUGUCCCCCCCUCUAUAUCUGUUGCUUUACUUUAAGUUAGUAUAUAGGACCAGACGGAGGCGGUCGUCCUCGUUUUAACGUGU